AUGAUAUCAAGAGUAUAUUUUUUAUACUUUAAAAGGAAGUCGAACUGGAAAUGUCCUGAUUGUUCUAUAGAAAUGUUAUCUGCGCAGCGUCAGACAAAGAAUGAUGACACACCAUUUAAGAGUUCUACGACGACAGCUGCGAGUCCUACUGACGAAAUAUGUAACGUCAAUACAAACGCACGAGAGAGUGGCAACACUUAUAAUGAUUCGGAAAAUUUACGCUUAACUAUGAGAACCAUCAUGCAAGAAGAGCUACAUGUUAUAGUAAGGGAGGCAAUUAGAGAGGAGUUCUCAUCCUUGAGAAAAGAGAUGCGCAGCUUUGAGGAUUCUAUAAGCUACAUGAAUGCCAAAUUUGAGGAUAUGAAGACUAAAGUAGAGGCCUACAUGCAAGAUACCAAGCAACUCUGUACUGAAAGUGAAUUGCUCCAACGCAAAUUUAAAGACCUAGAAUCAAGAUUGUUAGUAAUGGAACAAGAUUCCCGGCAGAAAAACAUAGAAAUCCACUGUCUUCCGGAGCAUAAACAAGAAAACUUGAUUAAUGCAAUGAUGCAAAUCGGCAAAGUGAUAGGUUUUACUCUAUCCGAAACUGAUGUUUUAUCUUGUAAUCGUGUACAAAAGCAAAACAAGACGUCGAAUUUGCCUAAAACAGUUGUAUGUAAACUUGUUAAUAAGCUGAAACGUGAUAAUCUACUUGCAGCUCUAUAUAAGUACAACAGAUCCCAUCCCAAUGAAAAGUUAAACACAAAACUACUAGGUUAUGGUGACAAGGAGUCACCGGUCUACAUCUCCGAGCAUCUAACACAAGCUAACAAAUCACUCCACGCAAUAACAAGAAUAUGGGCCAAAGAACACAAAUUCAAAUAUGUAUGGGUGAGAAAUGGAAAAAUCUUUCUAAGGAAGGACGACGAACACCCAGCAAAGUUGGUAUUGCACCAGGAUUUUUUAAAGUCUUUAGUUUAA